AUGAAGCAAGAAAGUGAGGAUGCCCAUGAUAAUUUCCUUGAGAGGGGCCCUAACAAGUUCUGUAAGGCAUUCAUAUCCCUAUCUCCUGUUUGUGAUAUGAUUGAUAACAACGUAUCCGAGACGUUUAAUGGGUAUGUUGUGAAUGCUAGAGGUAAGCUUAUCAUAUAUAUGCUUGAGGAUAUAAGAUGCUCCUUAAUGGAAAGGCAGGUUAAGAAGUUGAGUAUUCUUGAAAAUUGGAAAGAUUCUAUCUGCCUACAAAUUAGGAAAAAACUUGAAAAUCUGAAAAUGCAUAGUAGGAACUGUCAAGUACAUCCGGCCAUGGGUGGAAAAUUUGAAGUUCAUCACCAUGAUGACAAAUUUGUGGUUGUGAUAAAGUCUAGGACAUGCACAUGUAGAGUUUGGGAAUUAAAUGGAAUUCCAUGUAUGCAUGCCAUAGCUGCCUUAACAUUCUUGAAAGUGGAUCCGGUUGCAUACGUUCAUGAGUACUAUACUAUUAAGAGAUAUAUAUUGGCAUAUGCAUUUGGUUUAGAAUCUUUAUAUGGGAAGAAGAUGUGGCCGGAUGUUGAGGGCUACACAGUGCUUCCACCACACAUAAGGAGGAUGCCGGGUAGGCCAAAGCUGAAAAGGAAGAGGGAUUCGGAUGAAGUAAACCCAAAUGACACCAACAAGCUCAAGAAGAAUGGAGUGACCAUGACAUGUAGGAGAAAGGAGGUUCUCGAGGAGUUCAAUUUGUUAACCCACGAAGGACAAGAUCGAGCAGUGGAACUACUUCUGAAAUUACAACCACUGAAGUUCAAAUACAAGAAAGUUGGCCAUCAUGAAGCAUUUUCAUAUUGGAGACUUAAUCCAGCUUCCAUAUUUUGUAAUAGCAGUAGUGAUGUUUAA